AUGAGAAUCCUAUGUUGCCAUGGUUUUGGGACGGGCCCGGAGGUCAUGAAACACCAACUGGCAAAGAUCCGAAAAUGCUGUGACCCUAGCUGGGAGUUUUAUUUUGUCGCCGGACAGUCCGAAGGUCCGCCUGAUCCAGUCGUCGCGGCUGCGUUCCCGGGUCCCUACCUCUGCUAUAGCCUUGAUUUUGAUACUGCCAGCAUGAGAGCUGCCCACGACUUGAUUGAUCAAGAGUUUGAGAAACACGGGCCUUUCGACGGAGUUCUUGGGUUUAGCACAGGCGCGGCUCUAUUGACGGCCUACCUACUUGAAAAAGCGGCGCUAUACCCCGAACAACCGCUCCCAGUUCAAUUCGCCAUUUUUUGCUCUACCAUCCCACCUAUCUCUGCGAACCCGGAGUACACAGAAAUGAUGUUUGGAUCACUUUCACCGGAAGAACAGCAGCGCAUUCGCUCCGCUGACGAGGCCCAGAUAUCUCAGCUCCCGGAGCCCGUUCGCUCUGCAGUCAGCGUAACGGCUCGGUGCUUUGAUCUCCUUAGGCCUGUUCAUGGUCGGCCGGUCUCCGAAUUCCUUGAUCGCGACAUGCUUGAUGUUCCCUGUGUAUUGCGGCCUGAAGUUUACAAAGCACGUUUGGCUAUUCCCACGUUUCACUGCUGGGGCAAAAACGAUCCGCCAGUAUUCCAGGAGUCUGCAAGGCUGGUCGAGUCCUUUUGCCAUCCCAGAAUGCGCUUUUCUUACCAGCAUAGCGUCAUUCAUAACAUGCCUCGCUCCACUGUUGAAGUGAAGGCGAUGGUGCGUGGUAUUGAAAAAUUGAUAUCCCUGAAUCAGCAGCCGAGAUUAUAA